AUGAGCAAGUCAAAUGUUCUUCGUGUUGCAACGUUUAAUAUUCGGUACGAUUCUAGCCGCGGUUUAACCGCUUCGUCUUUGGAGAGAACUAUGGACGCUUCUGGUGAGAUGCCAUGGAAUAGUAGAAAAAGAAAACUUGCUGAUACCAUACUAUUUCAUAGGGUUGAUAUUGUUGGCCUGCAGGAAGUUCUUAAAAACCAACUUUUGGAUCUUGAGGCUUUAUUAGGUCAAGACUGGCGCUGGGUUGGGGUGGGCCGUGAUGAUGGGAAAGAAGCAGACUUUUUAAUGACAGGACUAUUUAACAUCCCUAUUAGAACUAUUUGUAGAUUUUGUAUGCUUAAUUCAAAUAUUACUUUACAGACACCCGAUGUUCCUGGUAGUAAAGGUUGGGACGCUGACUUGCCUCGCGUUGUCACUCAAGCAAGAUUUCUGGACUUGAGCACAGGCAAAAAGUUUUGGUUCAUUAACACUCAUUUAGAUAAUGCCGGGCCUCUCGCGCGUGAAGAAAGCGCAAAACUUAUAUUACGAAACUCACAAGAUUUAUUCAAGUCUCCUGAUAUGGUUUUUCUGACUGGUGAUUUCAAUUGUGAAGAAAAUGAUGAACCCUAUAAAUUACUUACUGGAAAGAAAUACGCAAAUAAUAACGAUAAAUCACAAUCAGAUAAUACUAAUUUGGUUUUAAUGCCAUUCGGUGAUACUCGAUAUGAGAUCAGUAACAAAUCUAUUGAAACAUCUUAUGGUUUCUCCAAUACCUUUACAGGCUUCUCAUCAAGCGUUAAACCAGUCAGGAUUGACUUCAUAAUGCUUAAUUAUAAUAGUUUGGAGGCACAAAAUGUUAAAGUUUUAAACCAUGGAACAAUGCCUAAUCUAUACGAUGAUAAUAUGCAUAUCAGCGAUCAUCGACCAGUUGUUGCUGAUUUGAUUUUUUAA